AUGGCUCCGCGCCGUGACAUCGAACUGGGCACUCUCAACAGUAUCAAACUCAAAGACGACACCCUCACCCAGGGAAGUUCCUACAGCAUGAGGGAGCCCGAUUUCGGUGAUGGCAUACCCCCCAAGCGCUUCGAGCGCUUCAUCGAUGGUUUCAAGCGCGACCCGGCCUCCAACUUCUUUGGCAAUGAGAACUUCAACCACCACGAGAAUGCCUCCUUCCGCGAGCACGACGGCGCGCAUUACUACGACCUGCGGCUCGCCACCCUCGAGACGGUACAGACGGGCCUGGCGAGGAAGCUGAAGGGGCGCCACCUUCAAAUGAUUGCCAUUGGAGGCUCGAUAGGCACCGGGCUCUUCGUGGCCUCUGGUAAGGCCCUGGCUACUGGCGGGCCCGCAUCUCUAUUACUCGCCUUUUCAAUCGUGGGCGCCAUGCUGUAUUGCACAUGCCAGGCUUUGGGUGAGCUUGCCGUGCUUUUCCCUAUAGCCGGAUCCUUCUCUUCCUGGGCGACACGCUUUCUGGACCCUUCCUGGGGCUUUGCCAUGGGGUGGAAUUAUGCUAUGCAGUGGCUGACUGUUCUGCCGCUGGAGAUAAUUGCGGCUGCCAUGACGAUCGGCUACUGGGAUGAGAGGCUCACCCGGGCAAUCUUUGUCUCAGUGUUCCUUACCGUAAUCAUCCUCAUCAAUAUGUUUGGCAUCAAAGUAUAUGGUGAGGCUGAAUUCAUCUUCUCCAUCAUCAAAGUGGUUGCUGUAAUAAGCUUUAUACUCCUGGGUAUUGUCUUGAACUUGGGUGGAACCCCGGAUCGCGGCUAUAUUGGAGGCGAAUAUUGGCACAAUCCAGGUGCUUUCAAGAAUGGCUUCAAGGGUCUGUGUAGUGUCUUUGUUACGGCGGCAUUCUCAUUUACCGGCACGGAACUUGUCGGGCUUGCGGCUGCUGAGACUAUCAACCCCCGAAAGUCGCUCCCAACAGCCAUAAAACAGGUAUUCUGGAGAAUCACCAUAUUCUAUAUUGCGGCACUUACUCUCGUCGGUCUUCUUGUCAAACACGAUAACCCUCGGCUUACCGAUGGAGCCAGCGACGCCGAUGCCAAAGCCUCCCCAUUCGUCAUCGCAAUCGAGGCGGCUGGCAUCGAAGUUCUCCCAUCCGUGAUGAACACGGUCAUCCUGAUUGCAGUUCUGUCAGUGGGAAACUCCGCCGUAUUCGGUUCCUCACGUACCCUUGCCGCUCUCGCCAACCUCAACCAAGCGCCCAAGUUCCUCGCAUACAUCGACCGAAAGGGACGGCCGCUCGCGGCACUAGCUGUCGCCGGCGCCUUCGGCUUCCUCUCGUUCCUCGCAGACCUCAGCGCGCAAAACGACGUCCUCGACUGGCUGCUCGCAAUCUCCGGCCUCUCCUCCAUCUUCACCUGGGGCUCCAUCUGCCUGUGCCACAUCCGCUUCCGCCACGCCUGGGCGGCCCGCGGCCGCACCACGGCCGAGCUCCCCUUCCGCUCCCAGGUCGGCGUCCUCGGCUCGUGGGUAGGGCUCAUCAUGAACAUCGCCGUGCUCGCCGCCCAGUUCUGGGUCGGCGCAUUCCCCGUCGGCUGGGCCCAGAUGACCUCUGGCGAGAUCGCCAGGUCCUUCUUCCUCAAGUGGAUGGGCGGGCCCAUCAUCCUCAUCUUCUACGUGCUCCAUAAGCUCUUCUAUCGGACGACCUAUGUCCGCACGCGGGACAUGGAUGUCGACACCGGCCGCCGGGACUUCAACGUCCCGAUCCUGCACGCCCACGAGGAGCAGGAGCGCUCCGCGUGGCCGACCUGGAAGAAGGUUUACAAGUUCCUGUGCUGA